UUACCUUUCAUUAUCCAUGAGACAUUUUCAUUUGUUCAACUCAAUUCGAUAGUUAAAUAAUAUUACAUGAUAAUAAGUUGAUUGUCGAUUGACUUUAUAUUUAUGAGAUUAAUCAUCAACCUUAAUCCAAAGUGUUUAUUGUUACAACGAUUAUCGUCAAAUAAAAUUCAUUUUUAAUCUUAAAUUGUUCAAUUUUCAGAACCAUUUGAUCAACAGUUGAUUACUUUUUGAUAAGAAGUAUAUAUUUUCCUUGUUAGUCUUAAUUGUGGUGAGUUAUUUGUUUGACAAUUAGCUUACAAUCAACUGGAAUUGACAAUUAAUAACUACUUUUGUUGAUUUAAAUCAGCACAAUUAACUUAAUUGUUAAUAUUUCUAUUUUCAUUUAAGUUUUGGAUCGGAUCCACACCCGGCGAUUAGUUUGAGUCUUGUUUUAAUCUGUUAUCCCUUCUAAUCGUUGUUAUCUGUCGCUGGAUUAAGGAAAGUUAAAACCAAUGGUUUAUCCAAAGAUUAGUGAAUUUUGUAAACGAAUUACUUCAUUUUUGUUAUUGGUCAAUAUCGUUCUAAGCGUAACAUGGACACAGGGCGAGGCUUCACUCACUUCAGAAUCAUCAAAAAUCAACGAAGAUUCAAAAUCGUUAACUGGCAAUAUAAAUAAACUCUCAUCUUCGUCAGUAUCAUCGUUAUCUUCAUCUUCAGCCGAACAUCAAUUGCCGAAAAGAUCAGUUUCUAUUCCAGAAGAACCUUACACCCGAUGGAAUAUUAUCAAUCCUUCCUCUUCCUCUUCCUCUUCCUCCGAUAAUUCACCUUCCUCAUUACCCUUUUCAUCUUCACUGAACGAUGAAUAUGAAAGCGAAUUAGAUUCAUCAGAUCCAUCAUUCUCUUUGAGUCCAAGUGACCCUGAGUUCGUCAAACGAGAUGGUGCCCGUUAUGCAUUCGGCUUGGGUAAAAGAGGAGCCUCAGGGGAUACAAGGUAUUCCUUUGGGCUCGGUAAAAGAUUCACUGAUUUCUCAAGGUUUAUGGAAAACAAAAAGCGACUUCCAAGUAGAUCUCCUUAUGGAUUAGGGAAAAAGUCCCGUUACUCUUUCGGUCUUGGAAAACGCAACUUGUAUGAAUACAUUAAACGCCGAUACAAUUUCGGUAUCGGGAAAAGAGCAUCUCAACGAUACGCUUUCGGUUUGGGCAAAUGAUUAGUAAAUCACAGAUCGACGAAAGAAGUUAAAUUGACAAUUAACUGAUCCUAAUCCACCAAUUACAAAACAAUAAUAAAGACUAAACCUUUUUUUGUUGAUAAAAACAAUUAAACCAAACUAAUAAACAUCCUAAAUGCAUCAAUCCUUAAAUACAAUUAAAUUAAAUACAAACAAAAAUGAUUCCAAUGAUCAUUAUUAAUAAACGUGAACAUUGAGUGAGACCAAUUUAAAUUGUUUGGGAAUCGGUUAAUUUAACAAUGAAUCCAAUUAACUGUUGUAAAUAUCAUCACGGUUUAUGAAUCAAGUUAAUUAAAAAUGAUUAAUUGUAAUGUUUGAUAUUUAAUUUCAAUUAUUUCGUUUUAAUUUCCUAAUUGUUUUUAUUUUGUUUCUUGGAAAUAAUUUAAAUUGUUCAAAUUCAUUGACUGUUAAUUAAUUUCAUUCCAUGUUAACUCUGAAUCGUUCAUUUAAUUUGUUUAUUGAUUAAUGAUUAAAUUUGCAAAUGAUAGAUGGUUAAUUAAUAGCAAAUAUUGUUCAUCAUUAAAGUUAAUUAAUAAAUAUUGUAUUUCUCACUCUU